AUGUCUGCGACACCCCGGGUGGCAGGCGUUUCUUGGUUGACACUGGUACGCAGCGGAGUGUCAUUCGGCCCACAACGGCUGAUCCUUGAUGUUCCAUUCCCGGCUUUUACCUUCAGGCCGUUAACACCUAUCCAAUCGCCACUUUCGGCACCUGCUCCCUCUCUCCGGACAUCGGCUUCCGGCGUCUUUUCCCCUGGGUCGUCGUCGCUGCUGACAUCCCCUGUGCCAUUCUCGGCACAGACUUCCUCACCGUUUUCGGUCUUCUGUUCAACUGACGUCAGUCCCGUUCAUAAAACAAGACCACCAACCUCACUGUACGGGACAUCUCUUCUUGUGGCGCUUCCCGUCAACUCGCCGCCCUGGGACCCGAAUCCGAGAAUCCAUUUCGGCAACCCCUCGCCAAAUACCCUGGCCUCACUCGUCCCAACUUUGGCGUAUCUAUUCCGGCAUACGACGUUAUUCACAGCAUCCGAACCACUGGCCAUCCCGUGUUUUCUCGGCUCCGCCGUCUCGCACCCGCACGACUGUUUGCCGCCAAGGCCGAGUUUGAGGACAUGGGCACCAUCCGUCAAUCUGAAAGCUUCUGGGUGGUAUCCCUCCACAUGGUCCCAAAGGCCGCCACUGGUGACCGGUGCCCCUGCGUUGCUUAUAGGGCCCUGAACACCGCUACCCUAUCCCACAUUUUCAGGAUUUUUCCGGUGAUCUGUUCAUAAAAUCGGUGUUCUCGGAGACUGAUUUGGUCCGUGCUUCCCACAAAAUCCCCAUCGCCCCAGAGGACGCUUCGAAUACGGCCGUCAACCCUCCCCCUUUGGCUUCUUUGAGUUCCUGUGCAUGCCAGUUGGACUCCGCAACGCCUUCCAGACUUUUUAGAGGUUCGUAGACAAAGUGCUUCGCGGAUUACCUUUCGUCUACGCCUAUAUCGACGACCUUCUAAGGGCUAGCUCCACCGCCGAAUAACAUGUAGUGGCGCUACACCAGGUGGCCGUGACAACGCCGAUCCUCUCGCUAGUGUCUGCACGUACAUACCAGCUAUACCCUGCUUCGCCACGCACGCCUACUUGCCUUCACCAUGCGAGGUUUGUCACUACCCUCGUGUGGGCUUGAGCCAAUUAACGCAGCCCCUUCGAUGACUGGUAACUCAGGCGGACAUUCUAGACUAGCGACAUUAAAAUCGGUCUGGACACUUUCACGGCAGAAGCUUACGGCAACCCACGGGGGCAUCGCUCUGGCGGACGCCGCUUUUGUGGUGCCGGACGCACCCUCGUCCGGCUGUCAACUUUACCCAUUAUUCUGUACAUAAUAAAUACUCUUCCCCGCUGGCGUCCAUCUUCUCCCUUCAUACCUGGGACGGGACCAGAAUAUCGUAUCAGCUCGGGUCACAACAUGAUUUCAACUGCUGUGAUAAACACGUGGAGCAUCUUACAACGGUGUUUGACCGUCUUCAACAGUUUGGUGUUGUUCUCCACCCGCCCAAGUGCGUCUUCAAUGUGUCCUCCCCAGAAGUUCUUGAACAUCUGGUUGACUCCAACGGCAUUCAUCCUCUUCCAUCGAUGGUAACGGCUAUACGUGAUUUCCCACCUCCCUCUUCCAAACGUCAGCUGCAGCGAUUCCUGGACAUGGUGUAUUUCUACCGCCGGUCCCUCCCGCACUGUGCCGACACCGUUCUGCUGCUCAAGAGUCUCCUCUCGGGUUCCAAAGGUUCGUUCGAGCUGUCUGCAAACGCUCUCGCUGCUUUUGACAAGGCGAAGGUCGCCGUUGCCGACGCCGCCCUCCUGACGCACUUUUCUCCCGAUGCUACCAUCUCCCACGUGAUUGACGCCUCAAAUGUUGCAGUCGGCGCGGUUCUCCAACAGCACGUUGCAAGUCACACUCAACCCUUAGCUUUCUUCCCCAGGAUGUUAUCACCUGUGGAAAUGCGCUAUAGCGCAUUUGGAUAG